AUGCCUGAGAACGGUGAUUUGGGACUGACUGUAAGUAUCCGUCCAAACCUCUGAAUAAUAAGGAACUUCUGUUUUCAGUCAUUUGCCGAGAAUCCGAACAAAAGUGUCGAACGCGAUGCUCUUGUGGAGGCCCAGUUCACCCGUCCGGAACAGGUCGAGAAGACUCAAGUGGAGAAACCCACUUGGGGAUGGUGCAAGAACAAGGAAGGGUGAGUCAAUCAGAGCAACUAGACAAGAGUUGGAGCAAAUUUUGCUCGAACAACAACGCUUUUGGAACACUGAAGGGGCUCUAUAGGGCUUAGGAUUUCCAGAUUGUCUCGCACAAUCCUCGCCGUGUUCUUCUGCUGCAUCCUCACCGCCUGCCUACUCUUUACUCUUUUCAUCUUGAUGCUGACUAAGGUAAGUCUGGACCACUCAAAAGCCCUAAACUGAUCAUGAUUCAGAACACUGGCUCCGAAAAACCGCGCGACGUCCCGGUCGUCUACACCCUUCCUUCCGAUGAAGAUACCAGUACCGCGCACGCCAGAUUGCUCCUCCCGGCCGCUGUUCUCAAAAAGCAGAUGAACUUCGCGUCGAAUCGAGAUGAGAUCACAACUGAUGCCACGUUUGUCGUCCCGGAAAUCACGGAAUACCCCAUCGAAGAGUCGGACGAGCCAGAGACAACUGUUCCUCCAAGGAUAAAUGGAAUCACCACCUCCACUGGUUUUUUGAAAUUCGAGGAUAACGUUGAUGGGGAAGAGUCGGAGGUAAGCUUUUUCCGUUUUUGAUAAACCUGCAAGUUUUCCAGACCUGCAUUGAGAGAUUGGCGAUGGGAAGUCCGUCUGGAGUGUAUUCGGUCCAGGUGGGAAAGAAGUUCGACGCUUUCUGCGAUAUGGACACUACUACCGGCGGCUGGACUGUUAUCCAAAGGUGGGUUUUAAUAUGUAGCUUACCUUUGACACUUCCAUCUCAUUUUCAGACGUGCCGACCGUGAGGGAAGCUUCCACAAAAGAACCAUGGCGGAGUACGAGAACGGAUUCGGAAAUCUGAAGGGAAAUCACUGGCUGGGCCUCGAGAAACUGAACCUUCUGGCGCCAUCGAGUCGUUCUCCAGCGACUCUACGCAUUGUGCUGGAAGGCGAAACCUGCGAUGCAAGCUGCUCGAAACGCUACCCGAACAUCUGGGUCGGAGAGUGGGAUGUUCAGUUCGGAGGAAAAGAAUCCGGGUACAAGCUCACGAUGAGUCCCAUGACAUCCGGAAAUCUUACGUUCAAUGGGAAGGAUCCGUUCUUCGCGGGUUCAAAUGAAAGACCGUUCAGCACUGUGGACCACAAAGCCGACAAGGACGACCUUAACUGCGCACAAUUCCGUCUCCUUGGGUCCGUUCCUCUCUUUUCUCAAAAUUACUGAAAUUUUGCUCAUUUCAGCCCGUGGUGGCACGCGAAAGUGUGCUCGGACGUCGGACUCAACGGCUACUACCAGACAAUCUCCGAGAAGUAUGAUACGGCCGACAGAAACCAGAAUGCGAAGCGCUACUUCGUGUGGGGAUUCGAGAAGCAGACUUUCAACGGUUAUCCGUACACCAUCCACGUUCGCAAGAGCACCAUGCUUCUCAAAUCCGUCUAG